GCCGUCACCAACACGCAUAGUGAAGAUCGAGCUUCUACAUCUAUAAGCGCUGACUACUGAAAAUGCCAGGAACAGCACAGGAGAAGCUAGCUCGCUCGGCCUGCCAGUUCCUUGCAUCUCGACUGCUCUAUUGGCAGGGCUCUCACACAACCACACGACAGCUGUUGGCUAAACGUCACUUCCAUGCCACUCCUACCGCCUCUGUAUUCACAGCAGCUUGGAUACCAUCACGUGUCAAAACACCAUGGGUAGAUGCCCUAGCACAGAGCCGCGAUGAGCAAGCUCGAGGAAAAUCGGCUGCGGGGCAGCAGCUUCCUCCAAAGCCAGAUCUGACUCCGAAGCGGAUGUCCGACAGUUACUUCUCAGCAAUACUUCCUCUUGCCCAGGAUAAGUGGCUGCUAGAUUCAUAUCUCAAUGCUUCCGGGCGCAUUCGGCUCGGCACGCUUUUUAUGGACCUUGACACUCUGGCUGGUGUAAUAGCUUACAGGCACACGGGUGAUUCCGUCACCACUGUCACUGCUGCUGCUGACCGAAUCACUCUCCUCAAUCCAUUGAAAGAGAUCUGCGACCUUGAAUUAAGUGGUCAGGUUACGUAUGCGACGGGAAGAUCAAGCAUGGAGAUCUCACUGCAGGUCGCCAAGGCGCCUGUCAACGGUGAGAAGGUCAAAUCAGAGGAUCUUCUGAUUACUUGCGCCUUUACUAUGGUCUCAUUGGACCCAGCAACGAAAAAACCUAUCCCCGUGGCUCCAUUAGUUGUGGAAACAGAAGAAGAGAAGCGACUGUUUCAAAAAGGAGAGGAAAAUUAUAAUGCAAAGAAAGCUCUGCGCAAAAAGAGUUUCCUUUCACAGACGCCUGAUGAGUCAGAAUCCAAUCUAAUUCACUCGAUGUGGAGCAAGCAAAUAUUAUCAAAAAUGACCUCCACAGCAGCUAUCGAAAACUCAGAUGCCCGAACGAUGUCCUCUACCGUUCUCAAAUCGGCAAUGAUCAUGCAGCCAGAGGAUCGUAAUCGGCACAAUUUUAUGAUCUUUGGCGGUUUCUUGCUACAGAAAACAUUCGAACUUGCCUUUUGUUGCGCGGCCUCCUUUUCUCAUAGCCGACCAACAUUCGUAGCCCUUGACCCAAGUACGUUUGAGAAUUCCGUUCCAGUAGGAAGUGUCCUCUAUAUGAACUCAUUAGUGGCUUAUACCGAGCCUCUCCUGCAUGAGGAUGGAAAGGGAAAUUCAAAGUACACCAAGGUUCAUGUGCGAGUGGAUACAAGAGUCCGCGAUGUUGAACAUGCUACGAGAAAGUCGACCGGCUCAUUCCAUUAUUCUUUCAUUGUGCCCAACAAGGUCCAGGUUAUGCCAACGCAUUACACUGAGUAUAUGAUGUGGCUUGAUGCUCGACGCAGAGCUCAGGAGCUUGAUCCUAUCAUUGCUUCUCGGUUUACAGAAGAUGCUGCGUCGGCGCGUAUGGACGGCGUUACUGAGUAAUUUCCCUUUCUUAGAUCUACGAAGGUUGGGCAACCAUCUGUGGUUUAUAGCGGAGGCUUUUUCAUAGUUCACAAGCACAUGCAUACAAACUAGACAAUCUACGUAUACCAUUUUUCUCUUUCUUA